CCUGAACUCAGUCUCUUCAAACCACAGAACUGAGCUCCUGUGCGUAAACUGCCCCCGGCUAGACAUAUAAAGAUCCUAUUCUCCUCAAAUUUCUAGCUUCCUUGCUUGCCACAUAAUUCAGCACCUCCAAAUGGCUUCAAAAGGGGUUCAGUUAAGUCUAAUGCUAGUCCUUUCAAUGAUGCUUUGUCAUGGAGCCACAGCUCAAUCAGGCUGCACCACCGCCCUCAUGGGCCUAGUACCAUGCCUGAACUAUGUUACAGGAAAUUCCUCGACUCCAUCAUCUUCCUGCUGCUCACAGCUAGCUACUAUUGUUCAAUCACAGCCACAGUGUCUUUGUACAUUGGUCAAUGGGGGUGGAUCCUCAUUUGGUAUUGCUAUUAACCAAACCCUGGCUCUAGCACUCCCUGGAGCUUGUAAUGUGAAAACACCACCAGCUAGCCAGUGCAAUGCUGCUAAUGUUCCGGCAACUUCACCAGCAAGUUCUCCAGUGCUGAGUCCUCCAGCAGAUUCUCCAGUGCUGAGUCCUCCAGCAGAUUCUUCAGAUGCAACACCCGAAGCUCCCACUACAGUAUCAACACCAAGCAUUCCAGCAGGAAGUGGAUCUAAGACAGUCCCAACAUCAACAGGCACAUCAGAUGCGAGCAUUAUGAGAAUGCAACCUCAUCUCACAAUCUUCGUAUUUAUCAGUGCUUUAUGUGCCUCGGGCAUCGUUAGAUUCUGAGCUUUCUACCUACAAAGAAUCGCCAGAGCUUGUUCUCCCAGUUUGCUACUUCAUUUUCACUUGUAACUAUGUGGAGUUUGCAUUGUUGCUGUUUUAUGUUGCAUCUGUUGUUUGAUUGUCGAAACUUGUGAGAAUGACAAGCUACCCCUGUCCUUGCAUCUGAAAGUACUGAAGUGAAACAUGAAAUUUUUAACAGCUUACAA